UAAAAUUUUCAUUUUUAGAAUAGAAGACUGUGAAACUGACAAAAGUGCGGCGCCAUAUUGCGUGCUUGUGUUUGGUUACUGUUCUGGCGCGUGGUCAAGAACUAUUAUAUUUAAAUAAAUACCAUGUCUGAUAAUCAGGAGCAAAAACCUGAAGCCGGCCCAGGCGACGCGAAUUCCGAAUACAUCAAGCUUAAAGUUGUUGGAAAUGACAGCAAUGAAAUUCACUUUAGGGUAAAGAUGACCACUCAAAUGGGUAAAUUAAAGAAAUCGUACAGCGAUCGUGUGGGUGUUCCUAUGACAUCACUCAGGUUUUUAUUUGAUGGUAAAAGAAUUAAUGACGACGAAACACCAAAGCAGUUGGAAAUGGAGAAUGAUGAUGUUAUUGAAGUAUACCAAGAGCAAACAGGUGGUCGCUACUGAAGAAAUUUAUUCAGUUUCAAUAUCUUUUAAAGUGAAAGUGACUAUCGUAAAGAAAUGGACAAGUUUAUCAGUAUAUAUAUAUAUGUAUGUUAAAGAAACAUGUAAUUUGGUUUUUUACGUAACAUUUUGAUGUGCAGUUCUACAUUCCUGUAACGUGGCAAGUUUAAGGACCAUCAACAGUCAGUUUCAUACAAUGUAUAUGUUCAUCCAGCAAAAACAAAAAAAAAAGAAACAACUGAAAAAGAAUCAUGCCUUAAAUACAGUGAGUUUUGUCUAUUAAUAACAUUUGGCAACAUAUUUGCAUUCUAUGGAUUUCCAAAUUUAUAGAUUUAGAUCGCGGGAGUUUCCGAAAGUUUUAAUUUCAUUAUUGAAGUACGGUAAAUAUUACAUAAUAUGAAUAUGAUUUAAACAAAAUUGUUGCGUUUAAGGUACGUCUAUAAUAAAAGAGAUAAUUGUAAUAUUU